AUGGACUCCUUCUAUCCUCACCAACCCCCCCCCCAAGAGUCGCAGCGUCAGCAUCUUGGCCAGCAACAGCAACAGCAGCAACAGCAGCAACAACAACAACAUGCCAUGGCGGGCGAUGUCAACAUGUCCGACCACCUCUCCCUUCCGCCACGGCCUCUCAUGUCGCAGGUGAUACAUAAUCAGUCGAUGAUGGCAUCGGGCUCGUUCAAUGACAUUAUCAGCCGCGAGCACAACGAUCGGAGGAGAAGCGUGCCGCACACGUACGGGAAUUAUGCUCAACAAACGGAGAGUUCGAGACGCAUGCCCUCCAUUGGCGGCAUGAUGACAUUCGGAGCAGACAAUGCCGAACUUGGGACAUACCAGUUUACCCAACAGCCAAUGAAUACCGGAGAUCAGAUGGGCAGCUACAUGACCGACCCCGCCGAAUACCAGGCCAUCUCCCCAGAUUUGAUGGGCAGCAUGAUUCCCGCUUCAUUCGCCAAUAUGGAUAUGGGUUCAAUCGCCAAUGAACAUCCAUCCAUGAAUAUCUUCUCCGCGGACACCGCGGCUGGCUCCAGACCUGGUCUCAUGAAUAACGAGUUUCAAAUGGACCAGAUAAAUGCCAUUGGUACAGAUUUUUCAAUGGUCAUAAAUGCCGGCAGCGGAACAGCGACAGGUUCAACGCAGGAUGAUAGCCAGGAGACAUCAGGCGCGAUUAUUCACCCUGACGAUAACAUGAUGAACAACAAAGUAUCACGGUUCAACUCUGUUGGAUCUAGGAGAGGCGUCCCCAUCAACGCAAACACUUUCGGUCCGAACUCAACCAGUUUAAACCAGAACCUGACAUCGGCGCACUUGCGCCACCCCCCCCUAGUCAACCCUGUGGUCUCUCCAAAGAAAGGGAACACAUCUGAUUGCAUUGACCAGCAAGGCUCCCCUGAUGCGUUAACCCCUACCACAGCGGCCCCCUCUCGCGAACCCAAAGAGAAGUCUAUUUACUCCAAGAGUGGUUUUGACAUGCUCAAGGCACUCUGGUUGGUUGCCACGCGAAAAGAGCCUAAAAUCCAUCUGGGAGCUGUUGACAUGUCAUGUGCUUUCGUUGUCUGCGACGUUGCGAUGAAUGACUGCCCAAUCAUUUACGUGUCAGAUAAUUUCCAAAACCUCACGGGUUACAGUCGCCACGAGAUUGUUGGCCAAAACUGCCGCUUCUUGCAAGCCCCCGAUGGCAAAGUCGAAGCUGGAUCGAGGAGAGAGUUUGUCGAUAAUGGUGCUGUGCACAAUUUAAAGAAGAUGAUUCAGGAACGACGUGAGGUACAACAGAGCCUCAUCAACUACCGAAAAGGAGGCAAGCCGUUCCUAAACCUCUUGACCAUGAUCCCUAUCCCAUGGGACACAGAUGAGAUCAGGUUCUUCAUCGGGUUCCAGAUCGAUCUUGUCGAAUGCCCAGAUGCCAUUUCCGGCCAGGAGCUAGGUGGUGUCAUGGUCAACUACAAGCACAGUGACAUCGGUCAGUAUGUCUGGACACCGCCUCCUGCCAGACAGUGGGAACCCGAAAAUGGUCAGACACUGGGAGUGGAUGACGUCUCAACACUCCUGCAGCAGUUCAAUCCCAAGGGUAUCGUAUCGGAUUGGCACAAGCAAUCCUGGGACAAAAUGUUGCUGGAAAAUACAGACGACGUCGUUCACGUGUUGUCUUUGAAGGGCCUAUUCCUGUACCUGUCCCCAUCCUGCAAGCGAGUCCUCGAGUAUGACGCUGCCGAUCUUGUCGGAAACUCGCUCUCGUCAGUCUGCCACCCCUCCGACAUCGUACCCGUUACCCGCGAACUGAAGGAUGCUACGACGGGAAACCAGGUGAACAUUGUCUUCAGAAUACGUCGGAAGCAGAGUGGUUAUACAUGGUUUGAAAGCCACGGUUCCAUCUUCGUCGAGCAGGGCAAAGGCCGCAAGUGCAUCAUCUUGGUUGGGCGGAAGCGACCCGUUUUUGUUCUAGGUCGCCAGAACCUGGAGGCAAAUGGCGGCAUAGGAGAUAGCGAGGUUUGGGCCAAGCUAUCAACGUCUGGCAUGCUCCUUUUUGUUUCAUCCAACAUCAGGUCACUUCUCGACCUCCAGCCAGAGUCAAUGAUAGGCGCAAGCAUUCAGGAUUUAAUGCGUAAAGAGUCCCGGCCAGAGUUUGGCCGGGCCAUCGAGAAAGCGAGAAGGGGCCGGAUUGUGGCUUGCAAACACGAAGUCCAGAAUCGUCGCGGCCAAGAACUGCAUGCGCAAACGAUACUCUAUCCGGGAGAUGCUGCCGAAGGCCAGAAGCCCUCGUUCUUACUGGCCCAAAUCAAACUCCAGAAGGCAUCUUCUCGCGGCAUUGCCCAGGCUAGCAUGGGGGGAAGUGGCAAGUCAGUAUCUGCAACUCCUGGCCAUGUUGCGCAUGCACAAGCAAGUCAGCAGCAGGCUUGCGGCCUCAUUGAUGAGCCUGCUGUAGUAAGUUUGAUUCCAGAGACGCUAGAUGCGGCUCUUGCAUCGGAUGACAACAUAUUUGAUGAGCUUCGCACAACGAAAUGCUCGAGUUGGCAAUUUGAGUUGAGGCAGAUGGAAAAAGUGAACAGGAUUCUUGCGGAAGAGCUCAACGGGCUGCUUUCCAACAAGAAGAAGAGGAAGCGGAGAAAGGGCGUGGGGAAUAUUGUCCUAGCGGCCAGCGAGAUCUUUGCAACAGUUGUGGCCUUCGGUGGGCCAAACAGGUAG